GAAAAUCUUUUGUGGCGUUUCCCCUAGCCGCGGCAACAAGUUCAAUCACAGCUUUCGGCUUCGGACGAGCGUCCGACAAUGACGUCAUUUCCAAAAUGGCUGACGGAAAGAAUUGGUUGAAACAAAAUCCUUCAAAAAAAACUUAAAACAAGUAUUUCAACUAGAGACUGUGAAACAAUAAUUAUUAGUAGAUGAAAUGAAAUUGUGCUCAUGACUUUUGGACUGCCCCUUGUGAAUAAAACGUAAUUUAGCUUCAGUAUUGUGGUCCGUGGUCCCACCCUAGUGACAUGCGUGUGGGCGUGGCUUGUCGGGUCGUCAAUCAAACUCGUUGUCCAAUGGCAAGUCGUCCAUGUGUUGUGUGCACGCCCCCUUCCACGUCGACCUGCACACUCGCCAUAUUUUCAAGCCGGAGAGGACCGCGCCGCUCCGUUUGCUUGUUAAGUGAAAACAGCAAUUCGGUCCCGCUGGAGGACAUACAAGGAGAAAGUUGACUUUUUAACGGAGGAAGUCGAUCUAAGUUGGCGUUCGGGCUGUGAACUUUGGGCACCAUGAACGUCUUCCGCCUGACCGGAGACCUUUCCCACUUGGCAGCCAUCAUCAUCCUGCUGCUGAAGAUAUGGAAAAGCAGGUCGUGUGCAGGCAUCUCUGGAAAGAGUCAAAUCCUCUUUGCGAUGGUGUUCACCACACGCUACUUGGACCUGCUCACCUCCUUCAUCUCGCUCUACAACACGUGCAUGAAAGUGAUCUACAUCGGCUGCGCGUACGCCACCGUCUACCUGAUCUACGUCAAGUUCCGGGCCACCUACGACGGAAAUCACGACAGCUUCAGGGUGGAGUUCCUGGUGGUACCUGUCGGGGGUCUGGCUGUGCUCAUCAACCAUGACUUUUCCCCGCUUGAGAUCCUGUGGACGUUCUCCAUCUACCUGGAGUCGGUGGCCAUCCUCCCGCAGCUCUUCAUGAUCAGCAAGACGGGCGAGGCGGAGACCAUCACCACCCACUACCUGUUCUGCCUGGGCCUGUACCGAACCCUCUACCUUUUCAACUGGAUCUGGCGCUUCUACUUCGAGGGCUUCUUCGACAUGAUCGCCAUCGUCGCCGGCGUGGUCCAGACGGUCCUCUACUGCGACUUCUUCUAUCUUUAUGUCACCAAAGUUUUGAAAGGCAAGAAGUUGAGCCUGCCGGCGUAAGGCCGCCCGACGCGGAGUCUCAGGCGGGCGGCGCACUCGGGACGCCGACGCCGCCCGAGACAACAAAUCCGGAAUGUCGUCGCCAACAUUAACGGGGGGGGGGGGGGGGGAAACACUCGCGAGUCUUGUUGACGGGUGAGCGCCGACGGAUGGCACACGGCGGCGCACGCCAAGCGACGACCACGCUGAACAAACGUCAUUCCGAGGUCAACCGUCACAUUUCCGUGUUCAGCGUUCUUGCCUUAAAGCUUUUUUUUCCUUUUUUGCUGUUCCAAUAGGAGAAAAGGCUUCUUUUCUCCAUCGAUGUGAGGUGCAUACACUUUUAUUAUUUUCCCCAUGUUCUUUUGUUGUUUUUUUUUCUCCUUUUUUUUCUUCUUACAAAGUCACAAGUUGGGCGACUCUCGGUAAGGAAAUGGACAAAUGUACAGUCUUCUUAAAAAAAAGAGAAAAAAAAGGCGUAUCUGCGUGCCUCAUAACAGCCAUGUCCGAUUCCUCAUAGUAUUUUCUUUUUUAAUUUUCUCAUUUUUUGUAGGCAUAUUAUUUCAUGCAUGUAUGUAUCCUUUCUGGGAACUAUUUUAAAGGCCAACAAACACAUUUUCCAAUUUAUAAAACAAAAUAUCUUUUAAUCAUGGCAGCGCUAACAGAUGUCUAAAUAAUUCAAUACCAGCAAUCUUUUUUUUUGUUUUGUUUUUUUAUUAAGUUGUCACCAACCACUUUCUUUGCCAUUUUUGUCAUCACUUUACUGAACACUCGAGUACAAGUGACGUUUAAUGUCCAACAAUGAUCCAAGUUGGUUACUCCUCCAGGGAUAUUAAGCUUUUGUUUGUUUUUUUCCUUUUUUUUUUUUCUCUCUGCAUGAUAUCGCCUCCAUUAAAGAUUUUAUGAGAAUCGCCA